AUGACUGAUAUAACUAAAACUUUUCGUGCUUAUGUAAAAGCUCAACAAGUAACAACUGAUUGUAGUCUUGGUUUAAAUAAACGCGUAAAAAAAACUGAAAAGAUUUCAACAAGCUUUUUAUCUAAAGCAAAGUUAAUUCUUAAUGAUAUUAUAAAAUUGAAAAGAAUUCUACUUGAUUCUCGUACUACAUAUCUAAGCCCAUUUUAUCUUCUAUCAUCAAUUAAUAAAAUCAUGAAUGAUGAACAACGUCAUGACUUUGAACAAACUAUUGAAGAACAAAUAAAACAAAGCCGAGUUGAUUUAGAAAAAUUAAAAUUAUCUAUUGGACAAAUUUGUUUUCAGGGACAACGCCGCUCCCAUUUUGAAUUAGUCUGUGCUUAUUUAGAACGUGAUCUGGUUGAAUGUACAAAAAUCUAUAGUGAGCAAAAAUGUUUGCGAUAUAAAUGUGAAUCUGAAAGAAAAAAAAUUGGACGUCUUGAUAAUGAUGAUCAGCGUAUUCUAUUCAAUUUAAAUAAAAAUAAUAAUCGGAAAAAAUCUAAUGAUCCUAUAGAUGGGACAAAAUUAACAACAACUACUACAAAUGAGAAAAAUUCCACUAAUAUAACUACGACUAACCAAUAUUUUGAUCAAGGUAAUCAAAUUGAAAAUAAUGAAGAAAAUCAAACUCUAGUAAAUGGAAGUGAACUUCGUCAAUUACAAUUAGAAAAUAAUCAAUUAUAUCAUGAUGUUGCUCAACGUAGUGAAGAAAUUCGUGCAAUAUCAACACAAGUUGUAGAAAUAGCACAAUUACAAAAUGAAAUAUUCGGCCACCUAUGUAGUCAAAAAGAUCUUAUUCAAGAAGUCAAUUCAGCAGCUGUUGUUACUAAUGAUGAUUUAGCUGCUGCUAUUAUACAUAUUCGUGAUGCAAUUCGAAAUAUGGCACAAAUGCGUCGUUGGGUGAUCUUUUUCUUACUUGUGAUGAUUUUUUCACUUCUCUUUCUUGAUUGGUAUAAUGUAUAG